AACUAUUUGAAUUUGAAUUGUGUAAAUUUGAAUUAUUUGCAAGUGUAAUCUAAUAAAACUGAAUUUUAGGUGGUAGUUGAAAUGGUUCUGAAUUAGAUUUUUUUAAACGAAUAUUUAUUAUUUGAAAUUUAACAAAUUGAAAUGUUUUUAGGGCUGAAUUUUAUAGACAUGUAUUUUCAAACAGCUAGUUUUUUUGUUCUGAAUUCGUAUACUGCAAAUAUUCAGGUAAAAAAAAUUCAGAUUCAAGUUUUCAAGAUGAAGAAAAAAGGAACUUCAAAUUCAGUUUUCUAAAAUUCAAUGUCAAAAAUUCAAUAUCAAAGAUUCAGAUCUAGGUCACAGGUCAUCCACAGGGAUGAGUAGAUGAUCUCAGAAAAGUCGAACUUGACCCAUACUCCCAAUAGGUGGCGGUAAUGCACCUUAAAGUUGUGUGCCAACUGCCUUUAAAAUAAUAAGAAGAAGCAGCAUUUGUUUUCCAGCGCGAACGUGGUGGUGUUUGGAGAGUCUGAUCAUGAAUCGCCCGGAGGACAGUGAAGUUGUAAGGUCAGCCAGGCACUUGUUGUCAUUGCUGACGUCUGGAAGUACAGCUGGUCCCAGUCAGGAAAAUGCCAGGCAGCACCCUGUUCAGCAGCACCCUGUUCAGCAGCACCCUGUUCAGCAGAGGGCCACCAUCCAAACUGAGAUGACCCGAUCAUUUCCUGGUUUUUUUAAUAAAGGACGGGGUAAAAGGCGGAUUACUUCAAUAACCACUAGCAAACCCGCUAAAAUAUUGCCUGUGAACAUUUAUUUGCUGCCUCGCCUCUUUGACCGAACGCCUAAAGAGAGUGAGCAACUCAUUCACAUGCAAGCUGGGUUGGGCCGAAAAACGAUGCAUUUAGAGGAAAAUGCCACCUAUGAAGAAAUAUGUGCCCAACUGAAGGAGAUGUACCCCAAAUUUCAAGAAAUAAAGGGGGGUUGGCUUCUCUAUAAAUCUUCAGGAGGAUGGGGCUCUCGGAAGCUCACGCUUAUUCCACCGGAUGAAAGUGGGUACAAUGCCAAGAAUUUGAAGACGGCAACAAAUGGAUUUAAAGGGGUUAUUUACAUUGCUCCACUACAAAUGGAACUUAACACCUCUGCUCUGCCACCUGAAUCUGAAUCUUUUAAUGAAAUGCCAAAAGAGAAAUGCCAGAGAUGUGGAGUCAGUUAUCCACUUCUGAUUCUGACUACACACAUAAAUACCUGUGCGACCAAUGAGGAUGCUGAACAGACUGGUGAUGAAGCUGAACAGACAAAUGAUGCUGACCAGACAAAUGAUGAUGCUGACCAGACCAGUGAUGAAGCUGAACAGACCAAACAAGCAACUUGCCCAAUAUGUCAAAAAGAAAUGUCUCUCGAUGUAAUAGAGAUUCAUGCAAGUUUUUGCAUGGGUGACAGGGAAGAACCAUCUACAUCUGGAUUUUCUGUGCCGCUGACGUAUACUGCUGAAGCUUCAAAUGCAGCUAAAGCCACAAGCAUGAGUCAUGAUUGGAAAAUUGAACCAGACAAAAAUAAAGCAGCAUCCUUAUACACUAAGGAAAUAAUUCGCCAACAUGAGACUGGAAAAUCCCUCUUGAUGGCCAUGGAUGUGAGAAUGGACAAGGAAGAUCAAGACAGAGAACUUGUUGCAUUCUACAAACAAAAUGGCAUAGAAUGGGCAUGCCCUGUGAGGUGCAAACUCCAAGGGGAUGCUGCCAUAGGUGAAGGUGUGACAAGACACUUCUUUUCAACUGUAAUACAGAGGCUUCAGCAUGGUUUCAAUUUUAACAUGGGAAAUACUGCAAGGACCUGUCUCUUUGAAGGUGAACCAGGCCAUCUUGUUCCAUCAUCUUCACAAUUUCUCAUAGAGAGUGAUCUGUUCCUAGUUGCGGGACGCAUGAUUGGACAUGCAUUCCUACAUGGUGGACCUCGGCUGGCUGGAGUCAGCCAAGCAAUAGUCCAUGUACUUCUAGGGGGUUCAGCUGAGACUGCUACAGUGCAAAUCGAAGACUGUCCUGACCAUGAUAUUCGUGAAACCAUAAAACUGCUUGAUGGAGAGGCAGAACUCAGUAGUGAAGAAUAUCAAGCUGUCCUUCACCUGAGUCUUGCUUGGGAUCUUCCUGGCCCAACCAAAGAAAACAGGAAGUGGCUUUUUGAGCGCCUAUUAUCACAUGCGGUCAUUGGAAGGAGAUUACGGCAGUUGAAACAAAUACGUAAAGGACUUAAAGAAACCAGAGUGUGGCCACUGUUGAUUGAAAGGAAAGAUGUGGAAAUCUUUCUGAGGGAAAAUGAAAAUUCACUCACCCCAUCGAUGCUGCUUCAAUGUAUCUGCUGGCCCUCGUAUAUCAGUGAGAAUGAGGACGACAACGACGACGAAGAUUGUUCGCUAGAAGAUAGACGUCGCAUCUCGUGGUAUUUGCGUCACUUCAUUGAGACGGCAUCCAGCUCAGACCUUAAAAACUUGGUGAAGUUUUGGCUUGGGUGGGAAGUGCCAGAAGGAAAUAUGGUAGUGGAAGUGGUUAACUCUAAGAUGCCGAAGUCCUCCACUUGUUUCAAUGUGCUACGCCUCCCUGCCCACUACAUGGAUUACAGCAAUUUUAAGGAUGAUCUCCUUAUGUGCAUUGGCACUUCAGAAUAUGGUUUUGGCCUUGUUUAGAUCUGUGAAAUCCCAAACCGCAAUGGUAACACCAUAUCUAUAAAUUAGAUACAUUAUUAAAGUUUGUCCUGUUUUUUGGACAUUGAAGUUAAAGUAAUACGUUCAUGUAUUAUUGGCAAUGGUAACACCAUAUCUAUAAAUUAGAUACAUUAUCAAAGUUUGUCCUGUUUUUUGGACAUUGAAGUUAAAGUAAUACGUUCAUGUAUUAUUGCAGUUUUAUUUUGGAGAAGGGUUAAAAACCCAUUACAAGAGUUAACACACCUGCUCUAAAGCAAUCCAUAGUUAUAUGUAU